UGGGAGCAGGUGGUGGGGUUGGCAGAGCUGCUAAGGCCAGGCCAGGGCUGGGGUCCCGAGGACAAGACGGGGGUCAGAGAUUCACAUGGUCAGUGCAUUAGACGCCUGGAGAGGUGCUAGGCCAGAGGGUUGGCUUAGGUGGGGUGAGCAAAGUAGGGUCAGGGUUGGUAAGGAUUAGAUAUGUCCCCUGAGUGAGUAGGGGAGGGAGGGGUCAGUUAGUUGCUCAAGAUCAGCACCCUUGCCAGGUUGGAGGCCUUGUCCCUUGUGACUUGAGCACCAGGAUCAUCCUUGAAGUGGUUCCCCAACCCUCCAGAUGGCUGGCUUCUAUUCCCAGCUGCCCAUCUCCAGGCUGAAUUCAGGGGACCAGAGGUGGGUUCUGCACAGGCCUGGGGUGCAGCCCUCCCCCUCCUCUCCUCCCACCACAGCGCUCUGACGCCAUCCCAGCCCACCUUACUCUGUGACCAUGAGAGUUGCCUACCUCUUCCUGCUAGUCCUGCCUGCAGGCCUGCUGGCUCAGGGCCAAUAUGACCUGGACCCCCUGCCUCCGUUCCCUGACCAUGUCCAGUACACCCACUACAGUGACCAGAUCGACCCCCCAGACUACUAUGACUAUCAAGAGGUGACUCCUCGGCCCCCCGAGGAGCAGUUCCAGUUCCAAUCCCAGCAGCAGGUCCAACAGGAAGUCAUCCCAGCCCCCACCUCAGAACCAGGACAUCCAGAAACAGAGCCCACGGAGCCUGGGCCUCUCGACUGCCGCGAGGAGCAGUACCCGUGCACCCGCCUUUACUCCAUCCACAAGCCCUGCAAACAGUGUCUCCACGAGGUCUGUUUCUACAGCCUCCGCCGCAUGUACAUCAUCAACAAGGAGAUCUGUGUCCGCACGGUAUGUGCCCACGAGGAGCUCCUCCGAGCUGACCUGUGUCGCGACAAGUUCUCCAAGUGUGGCGUGAUGGCCAGCAGUGGCCUGUGCCAGUCUGUGGCGGCCUCCUGCGCUAGGAGCUGCGGAGGCUGUUAGGGUGGAGCUGGCACCUGUGCCCAGGACCCUUCUCGGAUCCACGGGCCCUCAGGCCUGACCUAGUGCCUUUCUCCCUUUCCCGACAUUCCCUUUAUUCUGUAAGUAAACGUUAGUGGACUAUGGCCCUGGGGCUUGUGGGAGGUUGGGCCUCUGGCCCCUCCUCCAACCUGUGGCCACCCAUGGGGCAGAAUGGAGGCUCCCCACUGCCUAGUUUCUGCCUCCUGGGUGGGGGGCACCCCAGGCCUCUCUUUGUGGGACGCGGGCCUUGAUGUGCCUUCUUGGUCCCUCUGAGGACAGACCCCCCAGAGUUCCAUGAGGUAGGCUAUGUGCCCCCCGCCCCAGCUGGUCUGCUUGGAUUUCCUAUAGCCCCCUGGGCAUGAACCACCUUUGUUUUAUACAAAAUUAAAAACAAGUUUUUACAAAA